AUGAAUUGCUGUGAUAAAGUGGGUCACCUGCACUGGUUUGAAUUUCAUGGAUUGAAGGUCAAGUGUUCACAAAUUGAGCCUUUGAAAGUGAUGAUAUCCGGGGCCCCAGCUUCGGGUAAAGGGACUCAGUGUGAGAUGAUUGUUGAGAAGUUUGGAGUGGUUCACAUAUCGACUGGAGAUCUAUUACGAGCUGAAGUAUCAGCUGGCACCGAAAUGGGAAACAAAGCAAAAGAGUACAUGAAUGCUGGUCAACUAGUUCCAGAUGAAAUUGUGACAGCUAUGGUGACAGGACGAUUAUCACAAAAAGAUGCAAAGGAGAAAGGGUGGCUUCUUGAUGGAUACCCACGGAAUUUUCCCCAAGCACAGAGUCUAGAGAAAAUGAAGAUUAGACCAGAUGUUUACAUCAUGCUAGAUGUAUGCCAGUAUUUCUUUUACAUAUGUAAUUGCUUUUCCUUCAAUAUUAUGAAAUUGGUGGAAGGUUACUGA